UCUUCCUCCCUCAGGUGCAGAACCUGUCUGGUGGUGAGCUGCAGAGAGUCGCUCUCACUCUCUGUUUGGGGAAACCUGCCGACGUUUAUCUGAUCGACGAACCUUCGGCCUACCUGGACUCCGAGCAGAGAUUGAUGGCCGCCAGGGUCAUCAAGAGGUACAUCCUCCACGCGAAGAAGACGGCGUUUGUGGUGGAGCACGACUUCAUCAUGGCGACCUACCUGGCCGACAGAGUUAUCGUGUUUGACGGUAUUCCCUCCAAACAUACCGCGGCCAACACUCCUCAGAGUCUGUUGGCCGGGAUGAACCGGUUCCUGUCGCUGUUGGAGAUCACGUUCAGAAGAGACCCGAACAACUUCAGACCGCGCAUCAACAAGCUCAACUCCAUCAAGGACACGGAACAGAAGAAGAGCGGGAACUAUUUCUUCCUGGACGACUAAGACGACUUCCUGUGUGACCAAUCGUGACUCCCUGCGGCGCUCCGGGGGGGCGGGGCUGCGUUCAGGAGCAGCCAGAGCGCAGCAUCGACAUUUACCACAAACCAGGCUGCGUUCAACAAGCAGCAGAUAUGUUAAAGUCAUAAAGAGAAAAAUAAAUAAAAAAAAUCCCAUCAGCCUUUGUGUCCCAGGCUGCGUUCAGUAGCCGGCAAUGUUGUGAACCGUUUAAAAUAAAAAGUGCAUUGCAUUCUGUGUCCGUCAGCCUGAACAUACUGGGCUGAAUUCACAAGCCAGCGACAUUGUGGAACAUUAAGCAGCAUAUUUUAACACUCAUCCAUUUACAACAAAUGAUAAUAAACUGAUGCUAUCUCAUC